GUAUUCUAUUUUCUAUGAUUAUUGAUUUUUCACUUUAUCCGUUUUCAGUUUUCACUAUAGUUUUAUUUGAUUUAAUUCAAUUAGGAUUAGGUAAUAUGUUUUCACUACAUAAUAAAAUGUAAUAAUACAUUAAUUAGAUAUUCACAGUAUAGGUACCUACCUAACGCCUAAUUUAGAGACUGUUAAAUAUUUUUCAAUUUCUAUCGAAAGAUUCGUAUUCAUGUUUGCUGUUAAGAUCGGGUUCAAAAGUGUAAUACUUUUUGGUAGAAUAUUAGAGAAGUUAUUGGGUAUUAUAAAUACAUACCUACUUUAUUUUUAAUACAAAGGAUAUUCUAAGUAGAACAUUUGAGGAAGUGUAGAGUAUGCUCAUGCAUACCUAAAUUUAUCAUUUUGGUCUGACUAUAAUUUUUCUGUGUUGAAAUAACAAAUCAAGGAUAAUUUUUCCCGGGCUUCUAUUCCCCGCUUUUUUUCUUGUUUUCUUUGUUGUGUCUUGUUCUUGUUAUCAGUUACGUUUGUAAAAUAUCUUACGAAAUAAACAAGGAACAAUUGAUAUUGACGGAUGAAUAUUUUUUUUAUAAUUUUUUUUAACCGUCAAUGUUUGUUUACAUUUUUUUACCAUAUUGCUUGAGACUAUUAUUCAUCAACAAAAAAGUUUUCAGUUGACAAGAUGCCUCGUAAUCGCGAAAAAACCACAAAUAGAGGUACUACAUCGGAGAGCACAAUGCAAAAAGCAGCACAACUAUGUUUGGACAAUCUUAAUAUGUCAGAAAGAGCUGUAGCUGCAAAAUUCAAUAUUAACCAUGUGACUUUAAACAGGUACCUAAAAAAAUUUAAACUUCAUAGGGAAACAGGUAGUUGUCUUCCAGCAUUCGGUUACCAACCAUAUAAUAAAAUAUUUGACGACUUUCAAGAAAAACAACUUGCAGACUACGUGAAAAUUUCCGCAGAUAUGUAUUUUGGUUUAAAUAAUAGAAAUAUUCGACAACUAGCUUAUGAAUUCGCAGUCAAACUUGAUUUAACAGUACCAAAAAGUUGGAAACACAAUAAAGAAGCAGGUCCUGAUUGGAUUACAGACUAUUUAAAAAGAAACCCAUCAGUGUCCAGCUAUCUCGCAAAAGUGACUAAGAUAUCAAGAGCUAAUCAUUUCAACCCAGCAAACUUCAAACAUUUUAUGGAUAAAUAUGAGUCAAUUUUAUUAAAAUACAAAUUUCAAGCACAUGAUGUUUACAACAUGGAUGAAAUAAAGAUUACAUAUUUUCAAAAGACAAGAAAAAUAGUGGCAUCUCGAGGAAAUAAACUUAAUAUUAAAGCAAUCAAAAGUGGCAAAAGUAGCUCAAUUACCAUGUGCUUAGCUAUAAAUGCAGCAGGCAACGUUAUUCCUCCCAUGUAUACAAUUUCUAAGACUGCUAAUAAUUUAAAUUGUGUGCAAGGAGUUGAGUUCUUGAAGCUUUUGAAGACAUUUGCCAAAUAUGUCAGACCUUCAGUUGAUAAUAAAGUUCUUAUUCUACUUGACAAUCAUGUAUCUCACUUGUAUUUACCAGUGAUUGAUUUUUGCAGGGAAGCAGGCAUUUUAUUAUUAUCAUUCCCACCUAACUGUUUCCACAAACUUCAACCAUUGAACACAUCUGUGUUUACACCAUUUAGUCAAUUUUUGAAAGAAAAUAUGGCAGUCUGGUUACAAAAUAAUCCAGAGAUGGCAUUAAGAACACAUGAUGUGCCUUUAGUAUCAUCUAGUGCAAGUGCAUUAGUUAGUGCUGCUACGCCUCAAAACAUUAUUAACGGAUUUUCUUUAUCAGGAAUUUGGCCUUUAAAACGAGAUGAAUUUAUGCCAGCAGUUUUUGCAGAUACUGACGAUAGGUUAAUUGAUAAUGAUGAUGAAGAAUCAAUAGAUUAUGUAAUAAGAGAGCCAAAUAAUAGCAUGACUGAAGAACCAGUGAAUAAUAUUGACAUUACUCCUCAUGUGACAACAGAAGGAAGCUUAACUCGUCACAUUAUUGAUUUACAACAAUCAGCUUCAGAGAUAUCACAAGAGGACAUUAAACCGUUUAUAAAACAAGAAUUACAAGAUAAAAAUGUGAGAAAAACAGAAGGAAAUUUAACUUAUCCCAUUAUUGAUCUACAACAAUCAGCUUCAGAGAUAUCACAAGAAGACAUUAAACCGUUUAUAAAACAAGAAUUACAAGAUAAAAAUGUGAGAAAAACAGAAGGAAAUUUAACUUAUCCCAUUAUUGAUCUACAACAAUCAGCUUCAGAGAUAUCACAAGAAGACAUUAAACCGUUUAUAAAACAAGAAUUACAAGAUAAAAAUGUGAAAAAAACAGAAGGAAGUUUAACUCAUCUCAUUAUUGAUCUACAACAAUCAGGUUCAGAGAUAUCACAAGAAGACAUUAAAGCGUUUAUAAAACAAGAAUUACAAGAUAAAAAUGUGAGAAAAACAGAAGAAAAUUUAACUCAUCCCAUUAUUGAUCUACAACAAUCAGGUUCAGAGAUAUUACAAGAAGACAUUAAGCCGUUUAUAAAACUAGAGUUACAAGAUAAAAAUGUGAAAAAUGAAGAAAUUAUAAGAAAAGGAAAGAUUACAAAACUUAUAUAUAUGCCCAAAAAGUUAGAAAUUGAAGACAAAACAAAAAAUCAUGCUAAAAGGAAGCUAGGUUUUAAAAAUGAAAUGAGCAAAAAAUCUAAGAGCUAAGAUACCAGAUAAACUCAAAAACAAGAAUAACGGUAUAGCGAUUAUUAUAAUUAAUCGUUGUAUAAAUAGUACUUGAAACAAAUGUUUAAAAACCAAAAAAAAUCUCAAAAAAAUUACAAUUUUAAGACUGAAUGUUACUAUUGUGUCAGUAUUACAUUUGAUCUUUCUUUUAUAAGCCAUCAGGUAUAAUGUGCUUUAAUUUGUAUUAGUAUGUAAUAAUAUAGCUGCUUGAAGAAGUAGUCUCGUCUCAAUAAGUCUAUUAAAUAUUGAAAGUAUUGGAAAUAUUAGUACUUACCUACUAUUUAAAUAAUUUUUAUUAAAAAGAAUAUUCAUAAAUAAAACUUAG